AUGUUCACGUUUUUUAGAUUGUUGAAGCAAAUGGACUUUUCGGCAGGUAAAUUUUCGUUGUACUUCAUGGGCUACAAGAGAGCAGAUGAGAUUCCGAAAGGCGAAAGAGAGAGGAACCAUUUUGCACUUUCUACCCUGGCUACCAUUGAGCUGACUCAUAAUUGGGGAACUGAAAACCAGCCUGACUUCAGCUAUCACAAUGGCAACAAGGAGCCAAAAGGAUUUGGCCACAUUGGAAUCGUUGUGCCGGACGUCCGAAGAACAGCUUGUGAACGUUUCGAGAAAAUGGGCGUUAAGUUCGUGAAGAAGCACAGGAUGGAACAAUGA